UGUGUAUGUAUGUGUGUUUUUUGACCAGCUGAAAAUGGCGGCUCGGAGCGUCGAAUCGUUCUAACUUUAUCGCACAAUAAUAAACAUAACAUUAUACACAGUCGCUAUAACAUAACAUGGGGAGAAACUUUACAGAGAGGCAUCACAAGCUUUAGUUGGGACAUACUACUUUGACAGCCACGGCAAAAAAGGAGUUAAAACGCAGAGAGAUAAUGGAGGAUCCUCAUACACGGUACAGCAAACGUCUGCGUACAGGUACGCGCCGUCGCUACCAGGACGAUGGAAUCUCGGAUGAUGAAAUUGAAGGAAAACGUACGUUUGACUUAGAUGAAAAGUUGCAGUGCAGCAGAUUUGGGACAGAGCUGGUCAAAAUCAUGGAGGGGAAAGAUUUCACAUUUGAGUACAUUCAGAGAGAAGGCCUCAGGGACCCCAUUGUAUUUGAGAAGGCUGAUGACCUCGGCAUUCAAAUGCCAGACUCUGAUUUCAGUGUGAGUGAUGUGAAGUUGUUUGUUGGUAGUCGACGCAUUGUAGAUGUGAUGGAUGUGAACACCCAGAAAGGCAUUGAGAUGUCAAUGGCCCAGUGGCGGCGCUACUAUGAGACACCACCAUCAGAAAGAGAAAAACUCUACAAUGUCAUCAGCCUGGAGUUCAGCCACACGAAGCUUGCAAAUCUGGUUAAAAGACCCGCUUCGGUGGAUCUUAUUGAUUGGGUAGACAACAUGUGGCCCCGUCAUCUCAAAGAGAGACAGAGAGACUCCACUAAUGCCAUCAUAGACAUGCAUUAUCCUAAAGUACAAAAGUACUGUCUCAUGAGUGUGCAGGGCUGCUUCACAGAUUUCCAUAUUGACUUCGGAGGCACUUCAGUUUGGUACCAUAUCCUGCGAGGAGGAAAGGUGUUCUGGUUGAUUCCACCUACACCACAGAACCUGGAAAUGUAUGAAAACUGGGUUUUAUCUGGAAAACAGGGAGACAUCUUCUUAGGGGACAAGUGUCAUGACUGUCAGAGGAUAGAACUCAAGCAAGGCAACACCUUUAUGAUCCCUUCAGGGUGGAUCCAUGCUGUGUACACACCAGAGGACACAUUGGUUUUUGGAGGGAAUUUUCUUCACAGCUUUAACAUUCCCAUGCAGCUCAAUAUCUACAGUAUUGAGGACCGCACACGGGUGCCAGCAAAAUUCCGAUACCCGUUCUACUAUGAGAUGUGUUGGUAUGUCCUGGAGAGAUACCUCUACUGUCUGACCAACACUUCACACCUCACCCCUGAUUUCCAAAAAUACUCCCUUGGCAUAGGGCUGACCCCAGCAGACCUUGAAGUAAAUGGUCACAGCCGGAAUGGCACCUCCAACGGAGUCAGCAGUGACACUGAAAACGAGAAAAUCAAGUGUAAGGAAGAAGAAGAAGACGAUGUUAAACAACAAGAGGGAGCUCCAGUUACUAAACCUCAUCAUGCUCUAACCCCAUUUGAGCUGGAAGGGUUGUGGAACCUCCUGGGAAAGCUGGAGGAGCUGCCAGCCCAUAAGAAGUGUGUCCCCUCUGGGAUUAGGAAUGCUGCAACUCUUCUUGAAGACAUGAGGGCUGUUCUUAUAGAACAUGCUAAUGAUAACCCCAAACAGUCCUACACUGGAGAGCCCAUUGUUAAGUGGCCUGAAAGGCCAUCAUGGUACCAGCCCCCUACCCCUCCACCACCUGCAGUCUAUUGCCGCCCUCGCUUGGGCCCUACGCUUCACAAGACUAAGAAGUCCAUCAAACGCUCUUCCAUCUCUGCCCUGCGGCGCAGACGAGUGAGGUGCAAGCGUUGUUCUGCUUGCUGCAGGAAAGAAUGUGGUAGCUGCCAAUACUGCCACGACAUGAGGAAGUUUGGGGGCCCUGGACGCAUGAAGAAGAGCUGUAUCAUGAGACAGUGUCUAGCUCCUGCCUUGCCGAAUACAGCGAGAUGUGCCAUAUGUGGUGAAGGGGAAUCAGAAGAAUCCAAUCCAAGCACUCACACACUCAUGGAAUGCUCUAUCUGUUCCCAGAUUGCCCAUCGACAGUGCAUUAAGGAACCUGGUGAGGGCAAGGUCAAUAAGGAUUUGCCGAGCUGCUGGGAAUGUCCUAAAUGUUACCAAGGCAAAGGCUCUGAAUCAGAGUCUUCCAGUGAUGAAGAGAGUGAAGAGUCAGAGGGCUCAGCCUCUUUGCCUCCAUCUAAACUCGCAUAUCGGGAAGGUAUCGGUGUUGGUGAAGCUGCAAGGCGGGGUAGACGUGGCAGACCCCCAUCCCGACCAACAGCACCACCACCUUCUCAGAAACUGCUACUACAGCACCAACAGAAUCGCAAAAGAGCAAGUGCAUUGGAGCUGAGACUCAAAAGACAGAUAAAAAUGGAGCGCAGCAAAAUCCUAGCACAAAAACAGUCAUUGGAGCGCUCUCCAAGAAUGCUGAGUGCCAGGUUGCUGUCCCGGUUGCGCUCUCCAACCAGCAGACUAUCUCAGGGCAGAGGUCGGGGUACUUCUUGGGCAAGUGGCUCCCAUUUUCACAAUGCCACAGGAGGGAGUGGGUCCUUCCAGAAGCAGUCUUCCCACAGUGUGGCACUUGAGGCAAGGGGGGAACCUCGUAGAGGGAGGGGGAGAGGGGUACGGCUGCGAGGAGGUGGAGCUGGAAGAGGAAUUCGAGGUGGUAGAAGUCAUGGCGAACUGGAGGAAGACAGCGAGGACAGCAGCAGCAGCAGCACCAACAGCAGCAGCAGUGACGAUGAGGAGGAAGAGGAUAGAGAGCAGAACAGCAGCAGAGGAGGCGAUAAAGAGAACCAACCACAGUCAAGACGGGGAGGAACAGCAGCCAAAGAGAGAGAAGAGGAAGGGAGCGAGGUGGCCAACCAAAAUUUUGCAGAGGAGGACGAUGAGGAGGAAAUGGAGCAGGACAUUCAAAGGGGAGACAAGGAUAGCUCGUAUAAAGUGACACUCCAAAGGCCAACCAAGGCCAAGCGGGACCCAUCAGCCAUUGUCCCUAAAUUAGAGGCUAUUGCCACUACAACUUCACCUAUACACAACCAGACCAGAGCCCUUGUACGACCCCCCAUCAGAAGUCGGGGCCCUUAUCCUGAGCAGCUCUCAAACAGGCACACACCACCACUCACUCGCAGUGGACACAUGGACACUCGCACAUCCCACCCGGAGAAAAGAACAAGGCCGGGGAACCCAACCAAACUUAGCAAUGGUGCGUCAUCCUCUUCAUCGUCUGAUCUUCCUCAUCUUCGCAUCCCUCUGUCUGCACUGCAGGAAGGAGGAAGUGAAGCAGACAGGGACAGUAGUGGGAGUGGGCCGGGCUGUGAGAGGGAGGUGUGGGUGUCUGUCUUCCGCUACUUAAGUCGAGCAGAUCUUUGUGUCUGCAUGGCUGUCUGCAAAAACUGGUACAAAUGGUGCUUAGACAAACGGCUUUGGUCACGGAUUGACCUGAGCAUCAAGCGUACUGUCACUCCUCAGGCUCUGACAGGCAUCAUAAAAAGACAGCCAGUCACCCUUGACCUCUCUUGGACCAACAUCUCCAAAAAGCAGCUCAACUGGCUUGUGGGACGCUUACCUGGGCUGAAGGAUCUGAUGCUGGCAGGUUGUUCUUGGUCGUCCAUUUCUGCACUCUGUUCUUCCGGUUGCCCUCUUCUCCGUUCACUAGACCUGCGGUAUGCAGAUGGAGUCAAAGACUCUCAGAUCAGGGAUCUGGUUACGCCUCCAGGUUGUGAUAACCGCAGCCAGCUGCGGACAAUGCAGUGUUUGCGGCUUGCGGGUCUGGACAUCAGUGACUCCACUCUGCGUCUGGUGAUUCGCCACAUGCCUCAGUUAACAAAACUGGAUCUCUCCCACUGCAACAGCCUCACUGACCACUCCAUCAACCUGCUGACAGCAGUGGGCUCGUCCACACGAAACACACUUACAGAGCUCAACCUUGGAGGGUGCAGUAAACUGACGGACACAUGCCUAAAGUAUCUCCGCCGCCUGUCCUGCAUUUCACUGCUUGACCUGCGAGGCUGUAAAGGCGUCUCACGAAAGGCCUGUGAAGACUUCAUCUCUGAGCUGUCAGUGAACACUCUCUACUGCCUAUCAGAUGAAAAACUGAUCCAGAGGAUAUCCUAAAUGUCUGCCCACGCUGAUGGCAGAGAGGACUGAGGUGCAAAGCCAGGGAGUGGAACCUGACAUGAACCUGUGUGACACAAGGGAUGCAGAAGGGCUGGGAAGUUCUCAUGCACCUGCAUUAUGUAAAAAGAGGGGUGGGGUCUAAACUGGGAGUGCUUCACUGGUGUUGGUGCAGGGGGGGAUUCACAGCUAAAACAGUAUUUCUUUUCAGAGUUAUAUAAUUUUCACUUUUUUGUGUACUUAAAGAGACUCAGGAGCUGUUUUUAUUUUUGGGAAUAUGCUAUAAGGAACAAGCAGAACAUGUUUUGUUGUUGGGAACAGCAGAACAUGGACAAUGAAUUAGCUUUAUUAGACAACACAUCCCCUGGCCAGCCAAGUGCUCACCUUUUCUUUGGACACAUGCCAAUCUUGAUUACAGAUGAGCUAAGCAAAGACUUUUGAGUUUCGAUCUUGGGUUUUAAUACAUCGUUCUCUUUGGUUAAACCCUUUAAACUUAUAUUUACCAAGUGGCUCAUUUUUCUCAGCACUAGGCUACUUUCAGGUGCUGUUAAUCCAUUUUCGUUGUGGUCACUUUCAAGACCAGUUGAUGUCUUUUUGUGGAAUCACAUCUCUGCUUCUCAUUUAAUGACUUGUGCUUUAAUGCAUUAAAACUAUGCUUUGGGAUUUAUUUUUUGAAAUGCGAGGUCCUCUUCAUCAUUGCUUCAAAAGUGAGAUACUGAAUUGGACUGCAUUUAUCAGAUGUUCAGCUUGAUAAGGCAUUUUAGUGUCACUUUUUAGGAGUGUACUUAAUGUACACACACAGACAUUGAGUGGAUGUGGCAGUAUAGGGUAAAAAGACAACGUGAAAAGGCAAUCGACGUGGCAACACAAGACCUCACCCCAACAAGGGCAGGUUGCAUUAAGUGUAAGGGAUAAGCCAAGGACUAGGUGUCAGAUAAAUGGUGCAUUUUCAAAUAACCGUUAGACUUCAGGUGCUAUUAUUUUCAAACUCCUCUUGCUUUGUUUUUGUACAGAGACAAUUUAGAGUAAAAUGUUAAUAUUCUAGGUAAAACUGCUCCCCACCCCUUUUUGAUACACUUUUCUUUUUUUCAUGAAUGAAAAAUGUGAGUAUCUACUUUUCACUGAAUAUCAUUACUGUGUCCGAUUCAAUGUAGAGAUGUAUGAUUUUUCUGGGAGGUGUUCAUUUCUUUGUUCUCUUCAAGUAUAGUGGUUCUGUAUCGAGGUCUCCUUUCAGACUGUUCUCCUGGCCAUAUCCCUUAAAAUGAAUAUAAAUAUAUAAAUAUAUA